AUGGCGGGAGCCGCCCCCCACUCCUCGUCGUUCCACCAGGACCCACACGCACGACUCCCCUCAACCUGGGCGGGAUCUUCAAGGCUCUCCAAUCCGACCACCCCAACCGCUCGCUCGAGACUUCCGAUGCAACAGCAGGACGCAUACCUGCUACCGGCGAGCCCUGCGGGCGGCCGCCCCACGAAUUCUGACUACCGUCCUACCGUGCAGAAGGCACAGGGCCAUGUUCCCGCUUGCCUGGUGAACGCUUCGGUGACGUAUUGCGGCAAUGAUUGCAUCUAUGCUUUUGGGGGAUUCGACCAAUACACCGAUGAAGACUUGAACACGCUUCAGUGGGAUCUCGUCGACAACUAUGGUGAUAUUCCAGGAGUUCGCAUGGAUCUACAGACCUUCACGUGGACCCUUCCCGACAUCCGCGGACCUAUUCCCCGGGGACGAGCUCGACAUGCCGCCGUGAUCCAUGAAGAUAAGCUUUUCAUCGUCGGGGGUAUCUCAGGCGAGUCAAACGCCACUUUAGACGACCUGACAUAUCUGGAUCUACAAACAUGGACAUGGUCUCGCACUUGGAGUUUCACAGCUCGUUUUGACCAUACCGCAUGGGUCUGGGGCAACCGCCUCUGGAUAUUUGGAGGGUUAGGCCCCAAUAUGGAACGCACCACGGAUAUUUGGUGGUUGGAUCUCAAAGGCUCGCCCUCGUUGACCGGAACCGCCACCCCGCAAGGUACCAUGGACUCCCCGGACGAACGACUUCCCGUUGCUCAUUAUCCAGACUCUAUCUCUCAGUCAAUCAACACAGAUGUCACCCCGGUCUGGGAGUUAUGCGGCGAAUUCGGCAAGCGUUCAGGUCCGGAACUUUGGCGGCGCAAGCCCCAGGCGCCAGGGGCUAUUUCUUGCCUCCGGUUUCAAUCUGGGGCCAAUGUACCGGCGCUUUUUUCAGGAACUCAUUUCCAAUCUUUUGCAUCCGGUGUUCUCCUUGACUUGAUUACCCCGUCAGAGACAGUUCGGUCGCACGAUUGCAAUCUGUCCGUGUUGGAGUUGAGCUCCCUACGGUGGCAACGACUAGCUGAUGGAGGAGAAAUUUUCCGUCCUGGCUAUAGAUGGCACUAUUGUACAGUCAAUACAGAGGGGACAAAGGCGUGGUUGCUCGGUUGCAGCCUUGACUUGUCGAAUGCACCUGGGGCCGUUGAUGAGAAUCACAUGAGUGAAAUUCUCUCCAUUGAUCUGGAGAAAUACGGUCUGCUAGGGAACGGCCUUACUACCGAGACUCCCGAGCCAGACGUUCCCUGGCCAGAAAGGUCAGAUAACUCAGCAUUAUCAAAUCUCGGUGCGGAUCUUUCGUCUGUUUUCGACCAGCGUCCUGAAUCCGGCAGUGGAGCGGAUUUCUUGAUUACUGCCAUCCGAGAUGGUGAAGAGACCGAUGACGUGGACUACGGUACACCUGGACCGUCUGGUCUGUCGCCGACCUUUGUUGAACCGAGCCCAUCGACCUCAGAUCCCAUCCAUGUUCACAAGAUUAUUCUUUUGUUACGUUGGCCCCACUUCAAGCGGCUGUACUCUGCCCAAAUGGCGGAGUACCAUACCAAACGAAUGCACAUCCCUGAGCCUUAUUCGGUCGUGCGCUCAUUUUUGUACUACCUCUAUACUGACAGUAUCGCCGGGCCCCCCGAAAACCGGUCGAGCGUGGUAGAUGUCGCUGGUAUGCUGGUCAUGGCCAAUUUGUACGAUAUGCCAAAACUGCGCCUCCUGUGUGUGAACCGACUGAGCCGUGAACUCGAUGUGGACAACGCAGCCAUUGUUUGGGAGCGGGCAGGGAGAACCAACGAGCACUGGCUGAUGCGACGCGCAGCCCAAUUCUGCCUUUCCAACUGGGGGCGGGUGGUUCGCUCCGAGGGUUUCAAGUCUCUCAGCCACCAGAGCUUGAUUGACCUUUGCGAAGUUGUCGAUACCGAGGGCCGCAUCGUUGCUGGGCCUGAGCUCGAGAUGGUUUCUUUUGGUAGUGAUGGGCCCGACCGAGACAAUAAAGGCUCGAGAUUACGACUCGGGUCGACUGCGGAUGAAUUAUCCGAAAUCGAUGCAGAUGACGAAGGGAUGGAACUUUCUUGA